AGUGGUAUCAUUUAGUCUCAGAAAUGAAGAACUAUUUACGACAAACUUGGGUGUUUUGCCACAGAUGGCGCCAUUAGUUUUAAAAUCCGCUCACUGAGCCGCUCAGUGAGCGAUGGUUUUCUGGAUGUAUACAUUGAGAAUAAUUUUAGUUGUAUACUAUUGUAUACUAAAAUUCGUUAGAGAAUAGAUUCAAAUAGCAAACAGAAAAGUGUAGGAAUUUUUGUUAUUGUAUUAUGUACGAAAUAUAGUUUAGCACAAAAGCGAAAUAACAAGUAACGUUGUGUAAUAAAACAUAAAAAGCCCCGGUAAUUAUAUACUUCAUGACAUGAUUUGGUAUGACAAAAUAUAAUAAAGAUUAGUUACUUUAAUGUCACUUUAGGAGAUAUGUCAUAUUGUUUUUAAAAAAUAAUGGCUCAUAUUAAGGCACAUGAUAUAUAUAAAAAACCUCGUACAAAAGACAUUAAAACACAAGAAGAUGUUACAUUUUUUCAAAUGGGUUUUUGUCAAAAAAUCUUAGAUGGAUUAUCCAAUUGUGGUUUUAGAAAACCAUCACCAAUACAGCUAAAGGCUAUUCCACUAGGAAGAUGUGGAUUUGAUUUAAUAAUGCGUGCAAAGUCAGGAACUGGAAAGACUUUAGUUUUUAGUGUAAUUGCGCUUGAUAUGGUCGAUAUACAAAUAUCAUCUGUUCAAGUAUUAAUAUUAGCACAUACAAGAGAAAUUGCUAUACAAAUUUCACAAGUUUGUUCAUCUAUAGGUUGUGAAAUAAAAGGAUUAAAUGUUGAAGUAUUUAUUGGUGGAAUGGCUAUAGAUGAUGAUAAAAAGAAAGUAAAUAGUUGUCAUAUAGCUGUUGGCGCUCCAGGCAGAAUUAGGCAUUUAAUUGACAAAGGAUUUUUAAAAGUUGAAAAUGUUAGAUUAUUUGUACUUGAUGAAGCAGACAAAUUAAUGGAAACUAGUUUUCAGAAAGAUAUUAAUUAUAUCUUUUCAAAAUUGCCAUUAAAUAAACAAGUUAUAGCAUCAAGUGCAACUUAUCCAGGAGACUUGGAAACAUUUUUAUCAACAUAUAUGUGUUCACCAGUUCUAGCAUCUACAGAUGACGAUGGACCACUACUCGUUGGACUUCGACAGUUUGUAGUGGUUACUCCUUCUCAUCCAAAUGCCAUGAAACAGGUCCAAAUAAAAGUAGAUGAAUUGACUAAAAUAUUUAAUAAAAUUCCAUUCAAACAAUGUAUGGUUUUUUCAAAUUAUCAAUCAAGGGCACAAUCAGUGUGUAAUAAAAUUAAUUCUAUGGGUUUCAAAGCUACUUACAUUGCUGGAAAUCAAGAUAUGGCAAAAAGACUUGAUGCAAUUAAUAAAUUAAAAACCUUUAAAUGUAGAAUAAUGCUAACAACUGAUUUAACUGCAAGAGGUAUAGAUGUAGACAAUUUGAAUUUAGUUGUUAACCUUGAUUUGCCAAUAGAUGAAGCAACAUAUUUACAUAGAAUAGGAAGAGCUGGACGUUAUGGAUCUCAUGGUAUCUCUGUUACAAUAAUUGCAGAGAAUGAACUUGAAAUAUUUAAACAAUUAUUAGCUUCUGUUGGGGGACCAGAUUUUUACAUUUUAAAACUUCCAUUAAAUUAUCCAGAUGACAUUUGGACUACUCCCAGUACAAAGUUUGAAAAAAUGUAUGUAAAAUUUAAUACUUCUAAUGAAAACCAAUUUGAAGUUGGUAAUGUUAUUGAAGCUGUGAAUGAUUCAGCUGUAACAAUUGAGGACAUAGAAUUAACGAAUAAUGUAAAUUCAGAAAGUUCUAUGGUAUCGGGUAAUGUAAAUAAGGAGGAAGUCUCUAAAGUAGAAAUAACAAAAAAUACCAGAAUUAAAAAUGUAGAUAAUUUCUGUAAAGAUUUUCCAAGCUUAAAAAACUCGUUUAAUUUACGUAAUAAAAGAAAAGUUAGCUCUAUAUUUUUGCGAAACAUUAAUGGAACUGACAAAUCUCAAUGUACUAAAGCAAGUAAAACAGAAGCAACAGUUACAAAGAUAUAUAGUUCGUCUAAAGCAAAGGUUAUACAUAAAUUUAAAUUAAAUUGUUCAUCAAAUAAUCUUUCCAAGUGGGAAGACGCUAAUCAAAAUAUUAAGUUCGAAGUUGAUUUAUCGGACAUUCAAGAUAAUUUGUCCGAUUCUAACCUUCAAUAUGCUAUAGAAUAUUUAAAAUAUAAUCCCUGUAAGAAAAAUUCGGAAGAAGUCUCUGGAUGUUGUAACUCUGUAAAUAUUAAUUCUGCAAAUACGGUUAUUAGUAGUAUUGUGUCUGAUAGAAUAGAGAGGUUAACUGAAUCAACUGAACAAAUAAUAACCGCUGAGACUGAAAUAGUUUCAGAUGAAAUACACGACUCUACAAAUGUUUUGGAGGAAUUAAACUGCCGUCUUUUAGAAUACAUGACAGGUUUUCGUAAACUUGACAGUGUACAUUUCGAUGAAAAGGAAAUUUUACAACAAGCAGCCAUUUGGAAGGAAAAACUUAAUUUCGAAAUUAGAAUAUUAGAUUCCUUAAUGCGAUCCAUGAAAGAAUCCGUUCAAAGAUUAAUAUAUCAUAAACAUUGUCAAAUGUUUGAAACAUUCUAUAAUAUACAAAAACAAGCUGUCUUGUGCAUUUAUCCGGAAAUACGAAAUGAUGAUGAAAUAAAUGACACCUAUCUGUAUUCUGGAUGUGCAGUUAAUGAAAAUUUAUUAGAACUAUACAAAGAAAUUGAAGAGUUUAAGUCGUUACAUAGAAUAUCUGGAAAAAAAUUUGAUGCAUACUUCCCAUAUCCUAUUAAAGAAGAUUCAUAUAUGCCAGGACUUAUGAUAUCAAAAUGUGACAUAGAAAUUUAUCGCUAUGCAUUGCGAUAUUUCAGGUCAAAUCCUCAUCCUACAGAGAUGUUUCUGCAACUAAUAAAUUUUGUAGCGUUUAUUAGCGAAAGUAAUAAGUUUAAUUUGAUUGAUAAGUUAAAAGAUCAAAGCAACAAGUCAUUUGACGAAUUGUUAUCAAUAAUACAAGAUGAAGUAGUACACAAUCAGAUCGAUCAAGAUAAAUGCAUGGUGCACGAAAUUGAUUCAUCAAAAGAUAUGAACAAUACUAUUGAAGAUAAAAAUGUGAUUAAUUUAAGAGAUUGUAUUUUCCAUAACCAAUCUGCUGAUGCUCAAAGCAUGAAAUAUACUAAUGAAAAAAGAGAUGUAUCUACAGAUGAAGAUAAUAUGGAGGAAAUAAAUAAUAAAUACAGUUUCAAUAAUUCUACUACUACUUCCACUACUUUAGUGCCAAUAAAAUCUGCUCAGAAGGAUUUUGCUAAUAUUCAAGACUUUGUAUGUCAUGAAAAUCAUACUUUACAAAGUAACACAUUAGACACUUCGUCAAGUGAAGGUGACGAUUUGAAGAAAAUUAUGCGUAAUAGCAAAGUACAUACAAAAAGUAAAUGUUAUAGACAGAAAAAGAAUCAGCGACAGAAGAAUACUACGUUUAUCAAAGAGAAAAGAAGAAGUUCGUAUAAAUGUAAAACGGUUCAUACGAAUAACAUACCGCACGAUCGAGAUAAUACAUUUCAUAAUAUUACUGAUACAUUUAAAAAGCAAUAUAAAUCCGAAACUCAGCCAUAUGUGUCAUUGCCUACAAGUGAUUACUUCGACAGAUGUACAUUAGAAACAAAGUUAAAUUGGCAUAUAAAUAAUACACAACAAAGUAAUUCUCAAAAUUCAUGUAUUAGUAAUGAUUCUUGUUCUGAAUCUCACAUGGAUAAGAAGUACUUUUCGUGUAAAUCUAUGUCUGACAAAUCUGGAGUAUCAACAAAAAGUAUAUCACAAAGGUAUCCAGACAAUAAAGUGGCGUAUGUACAACAAUAUGAACAACGAAGACAGUUUAUACAUACAUAUCCUACCACUGUUUGUAAUAGUGCACAUAAUGCAUAUUUUCCUAAUAGUUACUCGAAUUCUAAUUCUCAAAAAGAGGAAAAUAAUUUUUAUCAUUCAUCAAAUAAAAACAUCACUGAAUACGAAGAACAAAUUGAACAAUUUUUAUCUUCAUUAAGAGUUGAAACUGAUCAGUUGCAUUUAGAAUUAUACAAAUUGCAAAUGCUUCAUGAUUGAAUCCUUGUACAGAAAAAAAAUGUAUUUAAAACAAAUCAGUUCUCUAAGGCUACUUUAUAUACAGUAUAUAGUUAUUUUGUAAUAAAAAUUUGUUAUGCAAAGUAAUACAUCGGACCAUAUUUAAUUUUUCUAUACAAAAGAAAAUUCUUUAAAUUUAUGACAAUACAAUUUAUCAUAAGUGUUAUAUUUUAUAUAAGGAAUACAACUGACCUUGUUACAUAAUAAAAGCGAUCAUUUUUAAGCUAUUAUAUUUAUAUUUAACUA